CUUUCUAAUUUCUGUCUGUCUCGGUAAACAAACAUUCACUUCUUCAGCCCCAGCCCGACAGCCACAGCUGUACAGCACAAUACUACAUGCCAGUAUAGCCUGCCGCCCUCCACCUCAUGUGUACCCUACUAAGAAAGAUCACCCAGCUGCCACGCCUGUGAUACUGCCAUAGGACUACCUCAGGGCUCAUAAGAAUCACUAGAUCUUUGCAUCCCGAACAACACACACCACAAGCAUGGGUGAUGAGGAAAUAAUUAGGAGGAGGUUGAUGAUUGAUGGAGAUGGAACUGGAGAUGCAAGACUUAUGAUGAUGUUUAUGAAGCAGUUCAUCAAAUGGUGUACCACUGAUGAUUCCCCACAAGAAAGUCAAAACCAAUAUGACCGUCUUCUGACACAGUUGGCAACCAUAGAACAUUCCUCUCUGAAGUGGAAGUCAAUUGUGGACAUGAAUAAUGAAGAAAUCAAGAACUAUGAACUUUUGAGGGAAGAGACAAGUAACAAUGUUGAAAAAGCUUGUGUUGCCAUUGAAGAAGCAAAGCAAGAACUCGAGGAAGCCAGGCAAGUGCGCCGCAACAGAUUAGAAUAUGAUGCCUUGGCUCGGCUGAUCAAGGAACACCCUCCCCGCUCAGACACAGCUAACAAGUUGGCUCACCUCACACAACACCUUCAUUCACUCAAGUCAAAACGGGAUCAGCUGGAAGAAAAAAUCAGCUUACGACAGAAGCAGCUGCAUGUUUUGGUUACAUCACUACACCAGUUAAAGCAAACACUGAUUCACGAUAAUGUGCCCUCCCAAGGUGAUGACCUCUGUGUUAUUGACGAGGUAAUUGAUCUCACAGACACAACUACUGUAACUAUAAAUGAUUCAGCCAUGGACACUGCCUAGUUAGAAUAUUAUAUAGGUGCAACAAUAUACUGUACUCUUUGUACUCAGCAGUCAACUGACAUUAUUUUGUUUCAUUUUCAUUUUUUUACAGACAGAAUUUCAACAAAAUAAUUUUAAUGUAGUUUAUUUUGAGCAACUGAUAAAAAAAAUGUGAAAGAUAAAGGCAUAAGUACAAACUUACCUAUUACA